UUGCUGGCCCCGGCUAGCCUGAGGGGCCUUGGUGCCAGCUGGAGGGGCUAGGUACCGCCUCCUGCAGGGUCAGCGCUCUGGGGGCGGGGUUAUCCUAGGCCUGCCCUCCGCGCGGACUGUGCCCUCGGCGGGCAUGCGGACCGGCAGGGAAGGGCUAGGGCCGGGCUGCUCUGGGACAAGGAUCAAGGUCCCUGGCUGGGGCAGGCCCCCACGCAUUCCAGUUUUCCGGACGCGGACUCUGAAGAGGGCGCACUGGAGCCUCCGCAGAGAGCGAGAAACCGCGCCACCUCGGCGGAAGGUGGGACCUAUUGCGUCCCCGCCCUGGGGCGGAGUUAUCUGGAGCCGAGACCCGCCUUCAAUGCUGAAGCCUCUCGGAAGCAAUCGUUCGGGGCGGAAGUUAAGAAGCCCCGAGAGCAAGGCGGCGGAAGUGGCCUCCUUCCCGCAUGUCCAUGCGCAUGCGUCCUUCUACUCUCUUGCCGCCGCUCUGUAGGCGCUACCGUUCCCCCGCUCCUCUUUUCUCCACGCGAGGGGGUGCGUGUACGCCUAGUCGUGAUCGCGCGCUCAGCCCCUUUCCUACUCUUGUGGCCCCCUCACCAUGGCGGGCAUCCUGUUUGAGGAUAUUUUUGACGUGAAAGACAUUGACCCGGAGGGCAAGAAGUUUGACCGAGUGUCUCGCCUGCAUUGUGAGAGUGAAUCUUUCAAGAUGGACCUCAUCUUAGAUGUGAACAUUCAGAUUUACCCUGUAGACUUGGGUGACAAGUUCCGGUUGGUCAUAGCCAGUACCUUGUAUGAAGACGGCACCUUGGAUGAUGGUGAAUACAACCCCACCGAUGACAGGCCUUCCAGGGCUGACCAAUUUGAGUACGUAAUGUAUGGGAAAGUGUACAGAAUUGAAGGAGACGAAACUUCUACCGAAGCAGCGACACGUCUCUCUGCCUAUGUGUCCUAUGGGGGCCUGCUCAUGAGGCUGCAGGGUGAUGCCAACAACCUGCAUGGAUUUGAAGUGGAUUCCAGAGUGUACCUGCUGAUGAAGAAACUGGCCUUCUGAACCACCCCGGAAACCAGCCUUGCAGCUUAGUCUCUCAGGCCGUGGACAUUCAUCAAGCCUGAGUGGCAGCUGCUGUUGUUCGCCUGUUCAGGAGGUGCUGGCUCUCUGUCCGUUGUGGCUGCAUCUUUAGGUGUUCUGGACUCAAUGGGAAACUGACUUGCCUGUGAAAGACCCAGUGGGAGAGCUUAAAAUGAAUCAGAAGUUUUGCGUAUAUGAUUUUUUAAUUAAACUUUACUUUUUCAGACACCCUGCCCUUUUUCAAAAAAAUAUUUCCAUUUACUAAAUCAUUUUCCAGUUCU